CUAUCUUGUAGCGUCUGCACAGACAGUUUAUUUGGGUGUGUUCGUGGAAACCGGCAGGACAAUUUCAGGAAGGCCAUUUCGAUAUCCGUGUCCCUCUGUGCGGUAUCCGUUGAUUUUCGAUUCCGACGCCAUUCAGGUGUAGGCAGCACACGGCUGCAGACCGAUAAGAUGCAAGUGCUAGGAUUGUUUGCGGUGCCGGACUGGAUGAUCCUGGGCGUUAUGGUGACAAUAUUAUUGUACAUGUAUGCUGCGCGACACCGCAACUACUGGGAAAAUCAGAACGUCCCUGCAGAGCCGCUCGCCCUUAUUUUUCGGCCAUGUUUUCAGCUAUUCACCAAGCCGACCUACAUGCUUGACCAGGAACGAUACCACAAAUAUGGAAAAGUGUUUGGUAUCUACGAAGGUGGAAAGCCGGCGCUGUUCGUCGCUGAUCCCGAUAUGAUAAAGAAGAUUUUGGUGAAGGACUUCGUCAAGCUUUCGGAGAGGAGGCGCACAUUAUUCCACGACCAUUUGCUGGAUGAAAUGAUGAGCGGUGUUCCACUGGAACGAUGGCGGAAGAUUCGUCCCAUCGUAAGUCCCGCCUUCACAACAGGAAAGUUGAAGAAGAUGACUACCAUCAUUGAGGACUGUGCAACAAUCACUCGCAAACAUUUGCAGAAGGCAGCUGAGGAAAACGAAAACGUCGAGAUAAAGCAAUUUUUCGGCCAUUUUUCUCUGGACAUUAUCGCCAGAUGUGCAUUCGGAACGUUCCUCGAUUCUCACACGGAUCAGACAAACGAGUUUGUGACCAAGUCGAGACGAGCCCUUGGACACGGCUCAGUCAAACUCAUCUUGUACGGUCUCCUUCCCGGACUGUUCGACCUUCUCAAAAUUUGUCAAUUCGAUGUGGACGCAUUCCACUACUUCCAAUCGAUCGUGGUUAAUAUUAUGAAACAGAGGAAAGAAACGUCCAGGCGGAACGAUGACUUCUUGCAACUAGUCAUGGAUGCCCAAGAAGGAAAGCUCUCUGCAACAACAGAGAGUAUGAAAGGCUAUGAAGAGGAAAUAUACCAUUUGGAGGAUGACGGAAAGCUUGUGCUGUUUUCUUCGGAGAAAACGCUUACAGAAAGUGAAGCUAUUGCGCAGUGCGUAUUGUUCUUCUUUGCCAGCAUGGAGACGACGUCGUCCGUAAUCUCCUACACGCUUUACCUUCUGGCUCUGCAUCCAGAGAUACAAGAUAAACUAAGAGAAGAAGUGAACGAGUGUUUCGCCAAAAACGACAACCGACCUCCCUUCGAGGUGGUGCACAAACAGAAGUACCUUAAUGCCGUCAUUUCGGAAUCGUUGAGAUUGUUCCCACCUGGCAUCAGGGUGGAGCGUACGGCAAUCGAGCCGUACACCAUUGAUGGAAUUACCGUUCAGAAAGACUGCAUCGUCUGCAUCCCAGUCUAUGCGAUGCACCACGACCCUCAGUACUUCCCCGAUCCGGAAAAAUUUGAUCCUGAAAGGUUCAGCGAGGAGAACGCAUCAUCUAUCCGCCCUUACACGUACCUACCUUUCGGUGCCGGGCCGAGGAACUGUGUGGGCAUGAGACUUGCCUUGCACGUUGUCAAACUGUGUCUCAUGCACGCCAUCCACUGCGCUAAGUUUGUUCGAACGCCGAAAACUCAGGUUCCACUGACCUUCACCAAAGGGUUCACCGUUCUGAACGCGAAAGAAAUCACUGUCGGAGUCCGUCCGAUUCAUGAGGAAGCAAGCUAGAGUAGAGGACCGUCAUGCAUCUCACGCUGCAGUAUGUCUGAGCGUAAAAUCGCGAAUCUGAGAGAUGCUUAUAGAGCAACGUGGAUUGCCAAAAGAGCGCGAGUUGGCUGCAGCAAGGGCGAUAUCGGAAACUAAAAAAAACAAUGUGUUGUAACUAAAAUGUAAUAAAAUAAGGAAUGUGUUGGUGUU